GUCCCCCGUCCUCGCCUGCCCCAGCUAGCCGACGCGGGAGUCGCCCUCCCCCCGGACGAGGGGCGCGGCAGGAUCCCUUUCGGUCGGAGGAGGGCGCGGCGAUGGGCUCUACCGAGGAGCUGCUGCUGUUGCCGCCGCCCGAGUGUGCCUUCGAGCGGGAAUGGGCGCCAUCGUUGCCGUCCCUGGGUGGGAGAGCAGGAGCCCGGCACAGGCGGCUGCACAAGCCGCCGCCGCAGCCGCCUCUCGAAGAGGAGGAAGAGGAGCAGCAGCAGGUCCAGCAAGAUGGAAGAGACAGUAGCGUUGAACCCAUUACAGAUGACUAUAAAAAGAUGGGGACUCUCUUUGGUGAACUCAACAAAAGUCUUAUCAGCAUAGGCUUUACAAGGAUGUAUUUUGGAGAACGGAUUGUGGAACCUGUAAUAAUCAUGUUCUUCUGGAUUAUGCUCUGGUUCCUUGGUCUACAAGCUCUUGGACUAGUUGCUGUCCUGUGCCUUGUCAUUAUUUAUGUUCAGCAAUAAAGUACAGUGGAUGGUAGAUGAAUGAUUAUGUCAUAUCUUGGUGGAUUUACAUACCUAGCCAAAAGAACAGUACAUUAUAAGCUGCUAUGCUGAACAUUAUAUGGCCAUUAAAGUUAUGCACUUUCAAACUGCCAUUAUCUUUGUAAUUUAAAUGAAGAAAAAACACCUUUAAUACAUCAUGAAUAGAUGAGUAAAAGUGCAUCUUAGAUACAUCACAAGAACAGUGGAACUUAAUGUUUUGAAUUAAUAAAGGCUACAGAAUCAA